AUGGGCGAGCAUGUAUUUCUAAAGGUUACUCCUACAACUGGGAUCGGAAGGGCGAUUAAGACAAAGGAGUUGAAUCCGAGAUUUAUAAGACCGUUUGAGAUUUUGAGGCGAAUCGGGCCGGUGGCAUAUAAAGUAGUAUUGCCACCGCAUUUGUCUAACUUACAUGAUGUAUUCCACGUGUCACAACUCCGUAAGUACAUGUCAGAUGUGGCUCAUGUGUUAGAGCCUGAGUCGGUUGACCUAAAGGAGAACUUGACGUUUCAAGUAACACCGGUGCGGAUUAACGACACUAGUGUGAAGAAAUUGCGAAGAAAGGAAGUUCAAUUGGUCAAAGUUGCUUGGAAGAGAGCAAGAGUGGAAGAGCAUACUUGGGAAUAG